UGUUGACUCAGGUAGAUUUCCAUGUUUUCAUUUUGGCAGCAGGGCGACAAGAAUGACGAUCAGUCGGCUGCCGGAUCAUUCCUUUUUAUAGCCUUUUGCAUUUUGUGAACGAGACUGUGACGACUAAAUCGCAGUUUAUUGGAAUAACCGUGAAAACUUGGUUAAACAACUUUGAUCUUUCCGGACUUCCGGAAGAACAGUGAACCCGUCAGACUCCGACAUUUCCUCCAUAUGUUACCCUGAGGCUUCAGGCCGCUGACAGUCAUUGUAAAAGGAGUCGCCAUAGGUCAAUCUGGGCCGAGGGUUGACCAUAUGGAGAACAACUCAUCCUAUGUCAGUGCUCCCAUUGAGGAAGGUCCAUACCAAGAACGUUCUGUUGACCCCGUGGAAUUUGUGAUCCAGCCCCCUAGAGUGUGUCACAAGGUCAAUCACAAGGAUGCCAAUGGUAACACCACCGGGCCGGAGACUGUGCGCUUUCUUCCUGCCAAAAAAGAGCCCGUGUCAAGGACGUGUAUGUGCGGGCCUUGCGCAACUGUGACUAGCUGCAGGAAACUCUUUUGUAGUGUAUUGACUUGUGGACUGUAUCGUGUAUGCCAGCGUUUGCCCUGUCUGAUUUCGGGCGACGGCUCCGCGGUCGACACACGGGAGGACCGCCCUUCAGAGUCGGCAGAAGUUAACAGUCGCUUUUAUCCUGACGUCCGUAUUGGUGGCGUACAGGUAGACACCUCAAUCAUAAAUGAAGUAGAGGAUGUCUUUAUCGAUUCCAAAAUUGAGAUGGACAGUUCGAUCUACAUCAGAAACUUACCGGAAGACUUCAUCGAUGGCGAUGAAGCAGAGAAUGUGGACAGUCUCAUCACUCAGAAGCUGAUGGAGGUCUUCUCUGAGUUUGAGAUCAAUGAGCUUGCUAAAUGCACCUCGGACUCUAUGUUCCUGCGGCGUUCGCGGGAGAUCAGUCAGCUGAUCUCGGAAAUCGUGCAGGAGCACAAAAUGGAGGAGCAGGAGGCUGAGUGCAGGCUGGUGCGCGAGAUCAUUCGCAUAAGUACACGUAAGAGCAAGAAAAGGCCGCAGAUCAGAAAGGAACCGCAGCGAGACAGCGGCAAUGACACCUGGGACAGUAAUGGAAACAACAGCAUCAAUUCCUUCAGUGAUGGCAAGCUACAAAUCUCACUGGAGAGAUCUGAUGAUAUCCAGGCCAGGAAGUUACGCAACAACAGUAAGCAGGCUUACUCUUCCAGUUUCCAGGAAACAGGUGUGCCGGUCACACCUGACACACCUUUACUAACCAGCAGGAUACAAGCUUGAGAAACUCAUUUCCAAGUGAACAUAAGUUCCAUUCCAAACCGUCCAUAAACCAUCUUCUGUUUUAUAGUUAUAUCGUAAUUCAUUUUUAAAGUAUAUUCUUCGAAGCUGUGAUUCUACAAGCGGUCAUUGGGGUUUGGUUUUUAGGUAGACGCAAUUGUGUUUUUCUGUUCACAUGUUUCUGUAUGAUGUGUAUUGGCAUGCAACCGUCCAGAAGACAUUUGGAAGCAACUGACUAUGAUGAAUGACGAACCGGCUUAGACUGAAGAAUAAUAAGCAGUCUCGGCCCGUUUGCAUGAAAACCCUUAGGUGAGGGUUUUACUGAGAGCGGAAUUCCUAAGGGAAGGGUUUUCAUCAAAAGCGUUGCAACAAAGGUCUUGAUAUUGUUUAUACUUUCACUAUAAUUUCUUUUAAAACACGUCAAGAAAGAAGCGGUUGCCAUAGUUAAGCUAUAAACAUACAUACCAUUGACUACCACAAAUUUAACAAUACAGCUCCUUAAACAUUUGAGUUGUGGACAAUAUUUACAUUACAGGAUAAAAACUAAAGCUUAAUAUAUUGUUUUGGAUGAAUACGCAAAAAGAAAAAAAACUGCGCUCUAAAGCCCCUAUAAUUCAUCAUUUUCCAUAGUCGCGUAUCAUCCUCAUUUUAUCUUUGAAAUAAGCAUCAUAACUUUGUCCAUUUCAGGGAACAUGAUAUCAUUCAUUGCAUUUGAGACUUAAGGGAACUGUAUUGGUGUCUUAAUUUGAUCAAUUGAAGAUUAAAAUGAGUCACACUUUAGAAUAGGGACCAAUUUUCACUAUUAACCAACUAUUGCCUACUUUUGUCUCCGUAAACUACUAAUUACUGCUUAUAAUGUAGUUUUUAGGUUUAGGUAUUGGGUAGGAUUAAGUGAUGCAGAAUAAAGCAUUAUAUGUGCUUCAUACAUACUAAUAUACAGCCAAUAUGCAUGCUAAUAAGCAAGUAGUUAAUGAUGAAUUUGUGAACCUAAAUAUAAAGUUAAACCAAAAAUGUAAUAUAAAGACUUUGUUGCAACGCAUAACAGAUCUUAUGGGAACAUUUGAACAGUUAAGGGUAAAUAUAUCUUACUAGCCUUAAGGUUUCCUUAAGUAAACACUUUUUCUUGCAACCUCGGGCACAGACCUCUUUAUACGCAAAUCGAGCCAUAAUUGUAAUAUUUUACGACACACUAUGCUAACCACAAAAUGAGCCUGUUCAUUAAGAUUAAGCAUUCUUACAUUGUGACAUUAUUUUAAUGAAGUUUAAUCACUUUUACAUUUAUACAUUUGGCAGACGCUUUUAUCCAUAGUGACUUGCAUUGAAUUGCACUAUACAUUUGUUUAAAGGUGCAGUAAGUAAUUUCUGAGAAAUUCAGUUGUUAUUUAAAAUCAAAGCCCUUACAAACACAACCCUGUCUUUAUUGCUCUGCCCUCAACGUAGUGAAUAAUUCCUGAAUCUCUCUCCUCCAUCAUAUGCAUAUACAUAUUGCUGAUUUUAUACGAGUUAUAUAGGGGUUGUGUGUAUUCACUUAGUUUUCUCUUCGGUUUAACACAAUUGUUCAACUUACAUAUUGGACAUGUAAAUGUUGAUAAAAUUGAUUGUUUAGGUGUUCAUUUUAUAGUCCAACAGCAUUUCUCAAAAAUGGCUUUAACUCCACCUUUAAAAAGUGAAGUGAAAGUGACUUGUUUGUCAGAUAUGGUGACCACUGACCAUACCCGAAAUGUGACCUGUGCAUUAAACCCAUCCAGUGAGUAGUGAAUACACGCACUGCAAGUUGUUAACACAUACACCCUUUCACUAAAUGUAAACAUACGUUAAAUCGUAUUUAUAUGGCAGUAAAAUUUGUUGUUAGAUAACAAAAUAUCCAUUGCAUCCAUACAGUAUGUUUAUCAUUGGAUGGUAAUUUGACAAAAUUAAUUUGAUGAGAGGAAUGAAAAUGUAUUUUUAUGUUUAUUUUUCAGAAUUUGUGGGUAAAUGUGCAUACAUCAUGAAAACCAGGUUUUACACCAUGUGCACACCAGACAUAACAUUUAAAAACAAAAACCAGCUAAUUUUGUGGGACUUGAGGCGGCUUAAAUUAGCAAAAAAAUUGCUUGAUUGGUCAAUAGUGCUUGGCGCUCUGUGCAUGUUAUGGUCAGCUUUAGGGACAUUCAAUUAUGCUUUGUUUUGCAUAAUACUAAACAAGAUCCUGAGCAGUGCUGCAUCAUUAAAAAAAAUCUUAUAUAAAGUAGCUUAUCGCACAUUUUUGUCACGACUGGUUAGGAUAAAAAUUUUAAUAAACAUAGAAAGUGACAUGUCUGGUGUGAACACGGUGUCAGUGCAUAAAAUUGUAAUGUUCCCAAAAUUACUAUACAUUAUGCUCUAUGAUUCUUGUUUUUUUUUAACUCUUCUGAGUUCACCUGCCUUGUGAUGCUAAAAUGCUGAAUGUAUUAGUCAAAUGGAAGAGCUGCAGUCAAAGUAUGUCUGUAUAAGGAAGUAAAGUAAUUCUUUGAGUAAAUGUUGUUACGUGUGGGACAAAAAUGGAUAGUUGUCUAUGCUAUUUAAAUGUACAUAAAGCUACAUAUAAGCA